AGAGAUAGAAAAAAAAACGCUCAAAGUAAACAUCUGACCAAAUGAUUCACUGCGACCAACGACGAACCGACACUUGCUUUCCGCUGACUCGCUGAUACGUUCUCGUGAACGAAGGGCAGUGCUAAUUAGUUUUUGCUGUGCGUCUUGUGUGCCUCAUAGUUGGUGGAAUUAGAGAAUUUUGUGAAACUUCUUCUGGUAGAUAAAUCCGCAACAGAUACCUGUUCUACGAAAGGGUUCGCAGCUAAGCGCACGAAACAGCGUUUUAACUGAUAACAAAGCCUGCCACCCGGUUAUAAGAACGAACGUCGUCGUCCCACCGUUGUGUGGUGCUGAAGCUUGACUACGUGUCACCUGUGCCUGCCUGCCUACUUUGUUUGAAGAAAGCCGUGCCGCGCACACAGAGGUAUGGGUGUCGUCGGAAAAGGUGACGGAAUGAGGGCGCUAAUCCUGGUCGGCGGAUACGGUACGCGGCUGCGGCCGCUAACACUCAGCACGCCAAAACCGCUGGUCGAGUUUGCCAACAAGCCGAUCCUGCUGCACCAGAUCGAGGCACUGGUCGAGGCGGGCGUAACCCAGGUCAUACUGGCCGUGUCGUACCGGGCGGAACAGAUGGAAGCGGAACUGUCGGCCCAGGUCGAGCGGCUCGGCGUCAAGUUGAUCUUUUCCCACGAGACGGAACCGCUCGGCACGGCCGGCCCGCUGGCGCUGGCCAAGUCCAUCCUCGCCGAAAGCACCGAACCGUUCUUCGUGCUCAACUCCGACAUCAUCUGUGACUUUCCGUUCAAAGAGCUGGAGCAGUUCCAUCGGCGGCACGGGCGCGAGGGCACGAUCGUGGUGACACGUGUCGAGGAACCGUCCAAGUACGGCGUCGUGCUGUACGCGGAUGACGGCUGCAUCAAGAGCUUCAUCGAGAAGCCGCAGGAGUUCGUGAGCAACAAAAUCAACGCCGGCAUGUACGUGCUCAACCCGUCCGUCCUGGCCCGGAUCGAGCUGAAGCCAACGUCCAUCGAGAAGGAGAUCUUCCCGGUCAUGUCGCACGAGCAGGAGCUGUACGCGUUCGAACUGAACGGGUUUUGGAUGGACAUUGGGCAGCCGCGCGACUUCCUUACCGGCAUGUGCCUCUACCUGACCUCGCUGCGCCAGCGGCAACCGGACCGGCUGUACAGCGGACCGGCCGGAUUCGUGGGCAACGUCCUGGUGGAUCCGACCGCCAAGAUUGGGGCCGGCUGUCGCAUCGGACCGAACGUCACGAUCGGCCCGAACGUGGUCAUCGAGGACGGGGUGUGCAUCAAGCGGUGUACCAUCCUGAAGGACGCCAUCAUCAAGUCACACUCCUGGCUGGACAGCUGCAUUAUCGGGUGGCGCUGUGUCGUCGGCCGCUGGGUGCGGCUCGAAGGCACGACCGUGCUCGGCGAGGACGUGAUCGUGAAGGACGAAAUCUACAUCAACGGUGGUCAGGUGCUGCCACACAAAAGCAUCGCACUGAGCGUUCCCGAGCCGCAGAUCAUCAUGUAGAGCGCCAGGGGGGCAGGAGAGGUGAGCCGAGUGUCGACAUCCACCGAAAGCAACCCGCACCCCGAGAACCGGUUUCUGUGCCUAUCGAGCGGCUGGGCGGAAGGGGGAGGAAGAUGCUGCUGAACGUCGUUUUUUAUGUUUUCUUUUCUUAAGGUAGUUUUAUUCUUGUUUUACCAUAUUACAAAUCCCCAUCGAAUGGAACAUGUUUUGUUUUUUUAUAAACGAACGGGUGAACACACGUCCUCACGUUUCUUCCAAUUUAGCUUUUAAUUUAGUGGAAACUUUGAAGAUGCCGUUUUAUAUAUUUUUUUAAUCGUGUGUUCAUUCGUGUGUCGUUUCCUCACACACUUCACAUCGGGCCAGUAGCACAGAACUCGUUAGGAAACUCGAAUAAUCUGUGUACUAUAUGUUUUGCAUUCCAAAAUAAAAGAAGAAAACAAA